UUUCUGCUUCAGACGAAAGCUGGCCAGUUGGUUCGCUAGUGCGCAUGCGUAGUCAGUCGGACGCCACUGCCUCGAAAUGGAUCACAAUCAUGGCGGACCGGACGAUAUGGAGAUGUUGUGCCCGAUGCAGAUGUCGUUCCACGGAGGCAGCUGUGAGAUCAUCCUGUUCCCCAGCUGGGCAACGACGGAGGUUGCAGCAUUCGUCGGCGCCACCAUCGGCUUUUUCCUGCUGGCGUUCGCCUACGAGGGUCUCAAGUACGGGCGUGAGCUACUUCAUGCGACCGGCGUGGUCAAACCGGGCGCACCCAACCCGGCUAAGCGGACUCUUAGGGAGGCCCUACUCAGCCGGGCGCACGUCGUGCAAACUGUCUUGCACCUGCUGCAGGUAACCGUCUCCUACAUCCUGAUGCUGAUCGUGAUGACAUACAACUACUACCUCUGCUUGGCGGUCGUGCUGGGCGCUAUGUGUGGCUACUACGUGUUCGGCUGGGUGCGCAAUAGCGCCGUCGACCCGACGGAACACUGCAACUGACAACUCUUGGAUCGACAAGCAGCUCAAGACGCCACCUGCAAUGACCAUGAUGAUGAGACCUCCACUUACAUAGGUU